GAAGUGCACCGCCCGUCCCGGAAGUGCCUACUCUCUGCUUCCACAUGGCUGUAGGAAUGAACUCAGAGUCUGGAGAUAGUAAAAAACGUAAGAAGAGUAAAGGAAAAAAAACGGAGGAGAAGGAUGCGGCGGGCGGGAUCAGUCAGCAGCCCGGGCCCAGCGGCGGGGAGCAGCAGCCGGCCAGUCAGUUCCCUCCUACGUUCUCCGUGUCCGAGAUCAAGAACAAGCAGCGCAGACAGUUCAUGUUCAUGAAGCUGAAGAUGGAGAGGAGGAAGGAGAAGCUUGCUCUAAGAAAGAAGCGGAAGAAGGAGAGAGAGGCCCUCGGGGACAAGGCUCCACCAAAAGCUGUUCCCAAAACCAUUGAAAAUCAACGAGUCCCUGAUGAAACCACAGUUGAUCCCGAGGACGAGGAGGUGGCUUAUGAUGAAGCUACAGAUGAGUUUGCACCUUAUUUUAACAGGCAGACAGCACCCAAGAUCCUUAUCACAACAUCCGACCGGCCCCGCGGUCGUUCAGUACGGUUUACAGAGCAGCUGAAUUCCAUUAUACCCAACUCGCAUGUGUAUUACCGGAGGGGCCUCGCGCUGAAGAAGAUUAUCCCACAAUGUAUAGCAAGGGAUUUCACAGACCUCAUUGUCAUCAAUGAAGACCGUAAAGUUCCAAAUGGACUUGUCCUCAGCCACUUGCCUGAUGGACCCACAGCUCACUUUAAGAUGAGUAAUGUGCGAAUUCGCAAAGAAAUCCGGAGGAAAGGAAAAGAGCCAACAGAGCACCAACCUGAAGUCAUCUUAAAUAACUUCACCACUCGUCUCGGUCAUUCCAUUGGUCGCAUGUUUGCCUCCCUAUAUCCACACAACCCCCAAUUUACCGGAAGACAGGUGGCAACUUUCCACAACCAGCGGGAUUACAUCUUCUUCAGAUACCACAGAUACAUUUUUAAGAGUGAAAAGAAAGUGGGAAUUCAAGAGCUUGGACCACGAUUUACGUUGAAGCUGAGGUCUCUUCAGAAGGGAACAUUUGAUUCAAAGUAUGGAGAAUAUGAAUGGGUUCAUAAGCGACAUGAAAUGGACACAAGUAGAAGAAAAUUCCACCUAUAAGACGCUUCAACCAUCUGUAAUAGAAUGAGACCAGCAGCUUCCACCUGUCUAGAACCUGAUUAAAUGGAACUGGAAAGAAAAAGACCCCAGAAGAGAGAAUAUCAUUUUUUAUUUUCAUUAACUGAAUGAAUGGGAUGAUGGCAUCAUUCUGCUUUACAGGAUCCCGUGGUAUUAGAAACUCCAUCCUUUCAGAUCAUCCCAUGAUAGCAAUCAGCUAUUCAUGUGGAAAGUCUCCCUGAGUCUUGUAUCUGGACCCGGGAGAUUUCUCGUUCCCGGUGUAUCACAGGGCAGUGUUCAUGUGUUACAUUUCCUGUUUAGCAGAUUGUAAAAUCGCAGUUAAAGGGAACCUGGCAGGAGCUUCAUGCCGCUCUGACCACGUGCUCCCUCAUUACACUGAGCAGUUGUGGUUUGGAUUUUAUCAGCUAAAAAGUUUAACACCUGUAUUAUAGAUCCUGGCUUAUCCUCAGAAGAGGUUAUAAAGAUCUGACUGGUCAGGUCUGACACCCUGCACCCCCACCGAUCAGCUGUUCCCUUCAGCCUCCGGCUCUUGAUUGGAGCAGGAAGCUCCGUGACUUGGUUACUGCGGCGUCACCGCUCCUUGAAGCGAAUAAAAGUAGUGCUGCAAUAACCCGACACGACCACCACACUUUUUUUAGUUGUACGAUUUUUGCUCCGUUCAAGAGCUAGUACCGACUCUGGAGGCUGAAGGGAACAGCUGAUGGGUGGGGAUGCGAGGUGUCAGACCCCCACCAGUCGGAUAUUAAUGACCUCUCCUGAGGAGCCUAGAAAACCACUUAAAGCUGCACCAAAUAACAGGAAAGAUGCAUCAGAUUUCUCAUCCAGCGUAAGACAUUUUAAUAAAUCUGUCCUGUAGAUCUAUGGAGAGAAGAGUGUGUGGUUCUUCUGCUCCUCUCUACUUGUCUUGACAAGGGGAGACCCUUCAGCCCAGCUUCUUUCUGUGCAUGGCUCCAUUUAAAACUGUGUGUAAACUUACUGCAUCAAAGACCCUGCGGUCAGGCAAGUGAUUUGUGGCAGGAGCUAACAUGCACCCAGAUGUCUGAAUGAGACCUAAAACACAGAUCUUGGCAUGUGGGGGAGCCCAUCUAUUUCACAUUGACCUUGUGGUUAAAGCGGUUGGUCAGGUUAUAUUACUAGCUGCACAAUUAUUACUACAGCUAGUAACAAUUUGGACUGAUGUCCUAUAGUUUAAUAUGAAUAAUUCAUGUUUACACGCCGGUCCCCUGACCUGUGUGCCGGUGCUGCGCUGGGAACACGGCCGCUCACGGAGGAUUCCAUCUGUAAAUUGCCUCCAUUCACUUAUACUGGGGACAGACAGGAGGACUAGUGCAUGCGCAGUCUGUCCCCAGUAUAAGUGAAUGGAGGCCACUGAUGGAUGUUCUCCUCUGUGAGCAGCCAUUUUUCCCAGCGCAGGGUCGGCCAGCAGGUAACAUCUCAUUGCAUGGCCUGAAGGUUAGGAGUCCAGCAGGUAACAUCUCAUUGCAUGGCCCACAGGUCAGGGGUCCAGCAUGUAACCAUGAAUUAUUCAUAUUAAACCAACAUCAGUGCCGAUAGUUUAGUAAUGACUGCUAGCAGCAUGGGUGUGCUGUUCCCAGUACAUGGACAGCUAGUAAAAGAACUGGCCGACCCCCUUUAAGGCAGCAUAAACCAACUGACAGAUCCCUUUGGGACUUUUAUCCCUUUCUGUGUAUAAGUAAGCGUGGAUGGUAUGGACCAUGGCAUCUGAAGCUCAGAAUAUGUAAUAAAACAAUUGUUUUGGA